UGCGAGGCGGGCAUGGCGACGGGCUCGGCGACGGGCUCCCUCCGCGGCCUGGCUGUGGCUGGCGGAGGGGAGAGCAGCGACAGCGAGGACGACGGCUGGGAGAUUGGCUAUCUCGACCGAACACCUCAGAGAUUAAAGGGGCCAUUACCCAUCGAAGAGAAGAGUGAAACAUUUAAGAAAGCAUUGACGGCUGGAGAUAUUUCUCUAGUGAAGGAACUCCUAGACUCUGGUAUUAGUGUAGAUUCCAGUUUUCGAUAUGGAUGGACUCCCCUUAUGUAUGCAGCUAGUGUCGCCAACGUAGAGCUGGUUCGGGUCCUUUUGGACAGAGGUGCUAAUGCGAGCUUUGAGAAGGACAAGCAGACUAUUUUGAUAACUGCAUGUUCUGCUCGUGGCUCAGAGGAACAGCUUUUGAAGUGUGUAGAACUACUACUCUCAAGAAAUGCUGACCCAAAUGUUGCUUGUAGGAGACUCAUGACUCCGAUCAUGUACGCCGCUCGGGACGGCCACCCUCAGGUUGUCGCUCUGCUGGUCGCUCAUGGGGCAGAAGUUAACAUCCAGGAUGAGAAUGGUUACACUGCUUUAACCUGGGCAGCACGUCAGGGACAUAAAAAUGUAGUUUUGAAGUUGCUUGAACUUGGAGCUAAUAAAAUGCUGCAAACCAGAGAUGGAAAGACACCGAGUGAGAUUGCAAAAAGAAAUAAACAUCUUGAGAUCUUCAACUUACUUUCUUUGACUUUAAAUCCAAUGGAAGGAAGGCUGCAGCAGCUAACCAAAGAAGAAACUAUUUGUAAGCUUCUGACAACUGAUUCUGAUCAAGAAAAGGAUCACAUGUUUAGUUCAUAUACAGCAUUUGGAGAUCUGGAAGUAUUUUUACAUGGUCUUGGACUUGAACACAUGACAGAUAUAUUAAAGGAAAGGGAUAUAACUUUAAGACACCUUUUGACCAUGAGGAAGGAUGAGUUUACUCAGAAUGGGAUUAACAGUAAAGACCAGCAGAAAAUUCUGGCUGCUCUAAAAGAACUAGAAGUGGAAGAGAUAAAAUUUGGAGAGUUGCCUGAGGUAGCAAAGUUGGAAAUCAGUGGUGAUGAGUUCCUCAAUUUUCUUCUGAAAUUAAACAAACAGUGUGGCCAUUUAAUAACAGCUGUACAAAAUAUCAUUACUGAGUUACCUGUAAAUUCGCACAAGAUAGUGUUAGAAUGGGCUUCUCCGCAGAAUUUUACUUCAGUUUGUGAAGAGCUGGUUCGUAAUGUUGAAGAUUUGAAUGAAGAAGUCUGCAAAUUAAAAGAUUUAAUUCAGAAGUUGCAAAAUGAACGGGAAAAUGAUCCAACUCAUAUACCACUAAUGGAAGAAGUAUCUACGUGGAAUAGUAAAAUUUUGAAGAGGACAGCCAUUACAGUAUGCGGAUUUGGAUUUCUUCUUUUCAUUUGCAAGCUAACUUUCCUGAGAAAAUAACCUUAAUGUUUGUUUUAACUUAGAUAGUACAUCUUAUUCACACUACCCACAAACAUUGCUUUUAACCAUUUGUGACACAUUACUUCUCUUUGUUGAUACUCCAUAGGAAACACUGUGAUAAUCCAAAGCACAGUUUUUCUUUGAAAAAUUGUUUAUAAUUUGCUAUAUUUUCAUGUUAAUUUUGAUCAAGUAGUAAAGUGUAAGUAAUUAUAUUGAGCAUGACUGUAAUCACAUUCAAAAUAAAAGUUUUAC